AUGGAUGCUUCACGCCAAGAGACCGAAACGUCCCAAAGACGACUGAGCCAGCCUCCUCACUGCUUGUCUUAUACCGCAGUCUUAGAACAACUUUCGACCGAUGCAGACGAUGGGCUGGCAAACGCUGAGGCUCGCUCACGUCUGGAAACUUACGGACAUAACUGUCUGGAUGAGGGCGAAGGUCUCUCGAUUGGGAAAAUACUAUUGCAACAAAUCGCGAAUGCGAUGAUGCUUGUGUUAAUCUUAGCAAUGGCCGUCAGCUUCGGCAUCCAGUCUUGGAUCGAGGGCGGCGUUAUUGCUGGCAUUAUUGGGUUGAAUAUCGUCGUCGGCUUCUUCCAGGAGUACGCGGCAGAGAAGACGAUGUCGUCUCUGCGAUCUUUAACAACGCCCAGUGGGACCGUGUUCAGGGAUGGCAGUACGGCUGUCAUUCCUGCCAUUGAAAUCGUCCCCGGGGAUAUUGUUGAAGUGAAGAUAGGCGAAAUGAUCCCGGCUGAUCUGAGACGAGGCACUCUUGACGGGGAAUCUCUGCCUGUUCAGAAGGUCUCCGAGGCAACGUUCGAAGAGGAUACAGGGCCUGGUGAUCGCCUGAAUAUUGCAUAUAGCUCCAGUACUGUGACGAGAGGGCGAGCAAGAGGUAUUGCUAUUGCAACUGGCAUGGACACAGAAAUAGGGAAGAUCGCUUCGGCACUCCGUGCCAGCGGGCAAAAACGUCGACCCGUGAAGCGUGGACCCAGUGGGGAGGCUAAAAAGCGAUGGCAUGUCCAGGCAUGGGUGUUGACUGGCACUGAUACAAUUGGCCGCUUCCUCGGGGUGAAUGUUGGGACCCCUUUACAAAAGAAAUUGUCUAGGCUAGCAGUCGGUUUAUUCGGUAUUGCAGUUGUCUUUGCUAUUGUGGUGAUGAGCGCAAACUACUGGAGGAAUAACAAUGAGGUGAUUCUGUAUGCUGUCGCAACAGGGCUAAGUAUGAUCCCUGCCUGUCUUGUGGUUGUACUCACGAUUACCAUGGCAGUCGGGACAAAACGGAUGGUGCAGCGCCAUGUUAUUGUCCGAAAACUAAGCUCUCUGGAGGCGCUUGGAGCGGUAACAAACAUUUGCUCUGAUAAGACAGGCACAUUGACACAGGGCAAAAUGAUUGUGAAACAGGCGUGGGUUGCUUCGCUGGGAACUUAUUCCCUCGAGGGCGGUAGUGAACCUUUCAAUCCGACAGUUGGAGAAAUCGGGUUCCAAGGACUGGCUCCAAGGAGCAUUGUUGAGGAGAAGACGAGUGCAGAGACCAAGAAGCCUGAGGAACUGCUGGCUGAACACAAAAAGCUUGAGGACUACCUAAAUGUCUGCUCGUUGGCCAAUCUUGCACAUGUCUAUAAGAAGAAGCACGAAGGCGGCGAUGGCGUUGAUGGCAAUGAAUGGCAUGCCCGGGGAGAGCCAACUGAAAUUGCCAUUCAAGUCUUCGCGUCUAGAUUUUCUUGGGACCGCGACUGCUUGACCAAAGGCAAGGAUCCGAAAUGGACGCAGAAAAUGGAGUUUCCGUUUGACUCGGAUAUCAAGCGGAUGACCGUUGUUUACACGAAUAAUGCCGAGAAAAAAUCCGUGGCGUUCGCAAAAGGCGCUGUUGAGCGCAUCCUGGAGAGAUGCUCCAAAUUUAUAUUCGAACAAAAUUCCCCGCCUAGUGCCCUGUCCGGCGAACAUCAUGAGCAGGUCAUGAAGAAUAUGGAAGCUCUAACACGGAUGGGCCUUCGUGUUCUCGCCCUUGCGAAGAGAGAUGUUGUUCCAGAUACGGAAGACCGGGCGGAGGUCGAGAAAGAUCUUUGCUUCCUGGGCUUGGUCGGCAUUUACGAUCCGCCCAGACCUGAGUCCGCCAGAGCUGUUGAGCUAUGUCACCAUGCGGGCAUAUCAGUGCACAUGUUAACGGGCGAUCACCCUGGAACUGCAGAAAAGAUUGCUCAGCAGGUGGGCAUACUACCUGAUCUUCAGCAGGUUGCUGGGGAUGUUGCACAGGCUAUGAUCGUCACUGGUAAUCAAUUCGAUAACUUCUCUGAGGAAGAAAUUGAUGCCCUUCCUGUUUUACCUCGGGUCAUCGCCCGCUGUGCGCCACAGACUAAAGUCAACAUGAUCAACGCACUUCACCGGCGUGGGCGCUUUGUCGCAAUGACAGGAGAUGGUGUGAAUGACUCUCCAUCUCUGAAAAACGCCGAUGUGGGGAUUGCUAUGGGACAGAGUGGUUCAGAUGUGGCCAAAGGUGCUUCGGAUAUUGUGCUAACUGAUGACAAUUUCGCAUCUAUCCUUAAUGCAAUCGAAGAAGGUCGUCGGAUUUUUGAUAAUAUUCAAAGAUUUGUGCUUCACCUACUCUCAGAGAAUGUCGCCCAGGCGUGUACCCUGUUAAUUGGACUUGCGUUUAAGGAUGAAAGUGACCAGUCAGUCUUUCCACUAUCACCUGUGGAGAUUCUCUGGGUUAUCAUGAUUACUUCUGGCCUACCAGAUAUGGGACUUGGAAUGGAAAUCGCGGCUCCGGAUAUCAUGGAUCGGCCUCCUCAAAGCAAAAAAGGAAUUUUCACAUGGGAGGUGGUCAUUGAUGUCCUUGUUUACGGCCUUUGGAUGGCCGCGCUAUGUCUCUCGUCGUUCUCGCUGGUAAUAUGGGGCUUUGGCGACGGUGACCUUGGCCUGAACUGCAACCGAGAUUUCAAUCCACAGUGCGAGCCUGUGUUUCGUGCCCGCGCAACAACUUUUAUUUCACUUACCUGGUUCGCCCUAUUUCUUGCAUGGGAAAUGGUUGACAUGCGCCGAUCAUUCUUCCGCAUGCAACCAGGCUCGAAACGGUAUAUCACUCAGUGGAUGUUUGACGUCUGGCGGAAUAAGUUCUUGUUUUGGGCUAUCCUAGCAGGUUUUAUCUUAGUUUUCCCUGUUGUCUAUAUUCCUGUUAUUAAUCAUGAUGUGUUCAAGCACUCUGGUAUAUCAUGGGAAUGGGGAAUAGUUGGCGUGGAGACUGUUUUAUUUUUUAUCGGCGUGGAAAGCUGGAAAUGGGCCAAGCGGAUCUUUUUCAGAGGGUCCAGGAAAACACAUCUUGACAGCUCUCCCUCUGAGAUAGUCUAG